AUGAAUACCAAUAUUGGACAUUUAGCUACAAAGGAGAGGCUUUGUAGAUUUGGCAUUAUUGGAGAUUCUGUGUGUAGCAUGUGUGGACAAGAGGAAGAAAAUGCUGACCAUGUGUUCUUUUCUUGUGUCAAAACUGCUGGUAUUUGGUUUGGAAUUAUGAAUUGGCUUGGUAUUAGUCAUAAGCCUCAUACUUGGAGCAAAGACCUGCAUUGGAUCCUGGCUCGUAUUAAGGGUAAAGGUUGGAGAGCUCGACUGUUUCAAUUGGUUGUGACUGAAACUGUACAUGAAGUGUGGUUAUAUAGGAAUGCAAUUGUUUUUAGUAAAGAAAAUUAUAGCAAAAAUACCUUAGAGAGAAUUAUUGAUAAUAUUGUGUAUAGAGGUUGA